AUGAAUUCCAGUUACGAGACCCCUGCAAGCUGUGGAACUGGUCUAUUGGAGACAUUUGAGAAACGGCUUCAUCAACCUGCUUCAUCUCAAGCAUUUUUUUGCUUCAUUAUCAUUAUCAACAUCAUCACUUUUCCUUUCACUGUUGUUCUGAAUGCUUUAGUGAUGAUCGCGGUGAAGACCAAAUCUCGAUUGAGAGCCACCAAAUCGAAUAUCUUACUGGCAUUGUUAGCGUCGACUGACUUCCUCGUUGGGGCCGCUAUUCAACCACCUUUCAUCGUCGUUAUAAUACUCCUUCUAUCUGAUCAACCCGUUGGAUAUUGCUUGUUAAAGUUUCUCACGCGUGUAUUGCCAAGUCUGACCAUAGCGUCUCUGUUCCACCUGGCUUUGAUAAGUGGCGAAAGAUAUCUUGCUAUGAAACACCCUUUUGCGUACAUAAAUAUUGUCACUGAAUCCCGUUUACUGAUUGCUUCUGUGUUAGUAUAUGUUCUCUCAUUUUGCGUGCAAUUUUUCUCUUUGGUUGAUCAAAGUAUUCUCGUCCUUUUAAGUAACAUAUCCUUUGCUCUACCUUUAGUCUUCAUUAUCUUUUGCCAUGUCAAAGUCUACUUCGUCACUCGUCGCCACGAGAAGCAGAUUGCAGGACAGCAAGUUACACAAGAGGCCAGGCAACAAUGUGUAAAAAAUAGAAAAGCCCUUAAACUAACUUCUAUCGUGCUAGGAGUGCUUCUAGUUUGUUUUAUACCAAUGGACGUUAUGAUAACUUUGAGCUCGAAUUACGCAAAGAAUGAAAUCACUCUAGAAACGUUGUUUAAGUAUUUCUUAUUUGCUUUCUCCAUGGCUUUAAUGAACUCGUUUCUCAAUCCAUUGAUAUACUCAAUCAGAAUAAGAGAAUUGCGUGUUGCGUCGAUAGAGUUAAUGUGUAGAACAGCGAGCUUUGCCGAGGCUGGAGAAAUCGAAAGGCGGAUAUUUGGAACAUCAAACACUGUGACUGUGGUCUCUUUAGGAGCAGGGCAUGAAAAUGCAGAAGGUCAACAAUAUGUGGAACAAGAAAAUUCGAACAACAUUGAAAAUACACAGGAGGAGACAUCACGAAAGUUGGAACAUUUCCCAUAG